CGCGCACCACGUGUCAUUUCCAGCAGGUCAGCACAACCGAGCCGACCUCCGCCGGACGCACCGGCGCGACGCGACGCGACGCGAGACGCGGCGGGGCGACGUAUCCACCUUCGGAGAAAUAUGACGGAGUUCUGGAAGGAGCAUUCUCAGGACGCCACGGUGGAGGAGAUGAUGCUGGACUCUCGAGCCAGAGAGCUGACCGAGCAGGAGCUGCCGGAGAUCCUCUCCAUGCUGCCGCCUCUGGCUGGAAAGACGGUGCUGGAGCUGGGCGCGGGCAUCGGUCGCUUCACCGGCCAGCUGCUGACACAGGCCGUUCAUGUGACGGCCGUGGACUUCAUGGAAAGCUUUGUGGAGAAAAACAGACAAAACAAUGGUCACUAUAGCAACGCCACCUUCAUCCAAGCCGACGUCACGAAGCUGGACAUGCCCCAGGAAAGCAUCGACUUCAUCUUCUCCAACUGGCUGAUGAUGUACUUGAGUGACGAGGAAUUGAAGACGCUGCUGCAGAAAAUGCUUCGCUGGCUGCGACCUGGAGGCCUGCUUUUCUUCAGGGAGUCCUGCAACCACCGGUCAGGUGACAGCAAGAGGGACUUCAACCCGACCUGCUACAGAACCGAGGCCCAGUACGGCCACAUGGCGACGUCCGUGGAGGUGGAGGCACCGAGCGACACGAAGUUUGGCUUCGACAUCGUUUUGAAAAAGAAAGUCCGGACUUAUGUAGAGAUGAAAAAUAAUCCCAAUCAGAUCUGCUGGCUGCUGGAGAAGAUCCAGCGCUCGUCUCAGACCCAGAGCGGAUUCAGCACCUUCCAGCAGUUCCUGGACAACCAGCAGUACACCAGCCGAGGCAUCCUGCGCUACGAGAAGAUGUUCGGGGCCGGUUUCGUGAGCACAGGCGGACCCAGCACCACCAAGGAGUUUGUGGACCUGCUGAACCUGAAGCCUGGGCAGAAGGUGCUGGACGUCGGUUGUGGAAUCGGCGGAGGAGAUUUCUACAUGGCCAAAACGUUUGGUGUUGAAGUUCUCGGCCUGGACCUGUCAGACAACAUGGUGGACAUCGCCAUGGAGAGGGCGAUUAACGAAAAACUCCCAUCAGUGCAGUUCGAGGUGUCCGACGCCACCAAGAGGACAUUUCCAGAAGGCUCGUUUGACGUGAUCUACAGCAGAGACACGAUCCUGCACAUCAAUGACAAACUGGCUCUCUUUAAACGCUUCCACUCGUGGCUAAAGCCGGGAGGACAGCUGCUCAUCAGCGAUUACUGCUGCGGCGAGAAGCCUUGGACGCCGGCGUUUGAAGCUUACGUCAAGCAGAGAGGUUACGUCCUGUACACGCCCACGCAGUACGGCAAGUUCAUUGAGGAAGCCGGUUUCUGCAACGUGCGGGCGGAGGACCGGACGGCACAGUUCAUCAGCGUCAUCAAGGCCGAGCUGCAGCGAGCAGAGGCCAUCAAGGACGAAUUCAUUCAGGAAUUCUCGGAAGAAGACUAUUUUGCAAUCGUGAACGGAUGGAAAGAAAAACUAGAGCGUUCGAACAGCGGAGACCAGCGAUGGGGACUCUUCCACGCAACGAGGAGAUGAGCGAUCCAAUAGAAAUAAAGAAAAUAAUAAUAAAAGAAAAAAGACACACUUUCUCUUUCCACAUUCUUUCUUGGUAUCACUGGUGAA